GUAGCUUUGAAAAUCUCUGUUCUUAGAUUGCCAUGAGCUUCAUUCUAGUGGUCACUUGGUCUUAUGCUGGUGCUUUUAGGUUGAGAAGACUAUUUACCACUUGGACCUCGACAUUUCAACGUUGAAGGGUUCGAGGGUAAACUACAGAAAGCGAGUCGAGCAUGUACGGUUCAUUCGUGAUCAGCUACGACUGCUGUUUGCGGAACGUCAACGCAGAUCCUGUUGGGACAACAGAUACAAGGUGACCUCACUCCCACCAAAGCGAUGCCAGCAGCGCCGUGCAUUUAUGCCUGGCUCAUCAACUUUUGCUAAGGAGAGUGUGAUUCACUUCUAUUUCAAAACUGAGUUGGAGGCAAGCCGAACUUUAUGCAAAGGACGAGGGAGGUGUGUCUGUAUCAUGAAUACGAAAAGGCUUUGUGACCGAUACGGUUCUUGA